AAAUUGUGUUCUUCGAAAGUGGAAAGUGGGAUGCCAAUGAAGAUAAGAUUUGUUACGACCAUAAUAAAUUAGUGCAACUCUGUUUGGAUGGAUCUAAAGAGCUUGUGAGAAGGUGUUCGAAAGAAACCUUUUACAAAAGUUAUAUAGGAUUUGGUGUUAAUAUUGCAGUCGUGAAAGCGAAAAUACCUUUGGGUGAAGAAUCGGUUGAGGAAGUAGAAGAGUUUGUUCACGCCCUAUUGACGUUGCGA